CCCUCAUUCUCUCACUGCAAUGUCCACAAAUGGCAGCUAUUAGAAUCCGCUAGCUAUAAUCUCAGUCACCUAAAUGCUCAGUAAAUCAACUCGUUGGGGGGGGAUUAGCUAACAUCCCACAAAGGAUGCAUUUCUUGCGGCUGUAAUUCCCGAAAAAGGGGGAGAAGAGGAAAAGAAGAUAGAAAGUCUAAACCAAGAUUGUUAAAAAAAAAAAAAAAAAAAUCUGAAUUGUUGGGCCUCACUGGAACUCUCCCAUGAUGCCUGAGGUUCGGGAGCUUUCAGACGCACUGCCGGAGUUGCCCAUGGACCCCAUCACUGGUGUGGGGGUGGUGGCCUCGCGAAAUAGAGCGCCUACUGGCUAUGAUGUGGUCUCCCAAACAACAGAUGGUCUUGACGCUGACUUGUGGAAAGACGGCCUGUUCAAAUCCAAGGUGACGCGCUACCUCUGUUUCACCAGGGUCUUCUCUAAAGAAAACAGUCAUUUAGGUAAUGUGCUGGUGGACAUGAAGCUUAUCGACAUCAAGGACACUCUGCCUGUGGGUUUUAUUCCCAUCCAGGAGACUGUGGACACACAGGAGCAGGCCUUCCGGAAGAGGAGGCUGUGUAUCAAGUUCAUCCCGCGGGACUCCACAGAGGCAGCCAUCUGUGACAUCAGAAUCCUGGGCAGGUCCAAGCAGGCCCCACCGCAGUACACUUUCAUAGGAGAGCUCAACAACAUGGGGAUCUGGUAUCGCAUGGGUAAGGUCCCGCGUGCCCAGGAAUCUUCGCCAACUCCAACCACCAAUAACAUCCAGAACAUCAACUCGACGGCCAACACCACACCAACCCCAGCAGCCCCUCUGCCCAAACAUAUAUCCAUGACACUCCCCGCCAGUUUCAAAAGGCAAACCACUACUAGACCAGAUUUUGAACACCAGAACUCCAACCUGUACGCCAUAUCAGCAAUGGAUGGAGUGCCUUUCAUGAUCUCUGAGAAGUUUGCCUGCGCUUCCGAUGAUCUGCAGCAGGUGGAUCUGAUGGGCAUCACAAUCAAGUCGCUGACGGAGAUUGAGAAAGAGUACGAGUAUAGUUUCCGCACAGAGCACAGCGCUGCAGCGAGGCUUCCCCCCAGUCCCACACGGAUCUCCCUGGGCUCUGAGGCCUGAGCCCCCCCCCAAUCCCACACAGUUCUGAGCCUCCCCCAAUCCCACACAGAUCUGAGCCUCCACCUCCUCCCCUCCAGAGAGACCUGAGCCUCUCCCUCUUCCCCUCCAGAGACCUGAGCCUCUCCCCCUUCUCUCUCUUCCCCUCCAGAGAG